AUGGUCACCUACAUGAAGGAGGUCGCCCACCUGGACGGCGAGCUGACCGUGGAUGAGCGCAACCUCCUCUCGGUCGCCUACAAGAACGUCGUCGGCACAAGACGUGCCUCGUGGCGCAUCAUCUCCUCCAUUGAGCAGAAGGAGGAGUCCAAGGGCUCGGAUAAGCACGUCUCCACCAUCCGGGAUUACCGCAACAAGAUUGAGCUUGAGCUCGAGAAGGUUUGCCAGGAUGUCCUUGACGUCUUGGACGAGAGCCUCAUCCCCAAGGCCCAGUCUGGCGAGUCCAAGGUCUUCUACCACAAGAUGAAGGGUGACUACCACCGUUACCUUGCCGAGUUCGCCUCCGGUGAGAAGCGCAAGACCGCUGCCACUGCUGCCCACGAGGCCUACAAGAGCGCCACCGACGUCGCUCAGACUGAGCUCACCCCCACUCACCCCAUCCGCCUCGGUCUUGCAUUGAACUUCUCCGUCUUCUACUACGAGAUUCUCAACUCGCCCGACCGUGCUUGCCACCUCGCCAAGCAGGCCUUUGAUGAUGCCAUUGCUGAGCUCGACUCUCUCUCUGAGGAGUCUUACCGUGACAGCACUCUGAUCAUGCAGCUCCUGCGUGACAACCUUACCCUCUGGACCUCGUCCGACAACGCCGAGGGCGAGGGUGCCGCCGCUGAGGCCCCCAAGGAGGAGGAGAAGCCCGCUGAGGAGGAGAAGAAGGCCGAGGAGGCUCCCGCCGCUGCCCCUGAGUCCUAA